UUGUUAUCGGGGAAAUCAUGGACGCCUGAUAACAAGUGGGAGCGUCAUCUGUUGGAGGAGCGUAAUCGGCUAACCCUGGUCGAGAUACUGUAUGAUGAACACUGAAGUUCAAACAAUGUGAUGGACUGGAGGAGACUUCCGGUCUUUUCCUCUCAGAAACGCCAAAGAAUUGCUUUAUUUUGGAAUUCAUUGCUCUUUUAAAUUAAACUGCGGGUAAUUUUAUAACAACAUUUAAGGAAAUUUUUCGGAACGCCAGUGCAUACAACCGGGAUAAUGUCGAAUAUACUGAAAUGUAUAGGUUUUUUUUUUUUGCAAACGACAUUCCUUAUACGACAGUGGGAAAUGUACUGUGCUGACUUAAUUUCUGAAAACAAACAUAAACCUGACCUCGUAAAAAUAUCAUUUGAGUAUUUUAUAUAUUUUGUGUUUAUACAAUAAAGGUUUUCCGCAUAUUUCCGAGUAUUUCUCAGAUUCCAACCAGGUAACCGACCGCCCGUGGUACAGGGCAGAAAGCUGGUUAAGAUGCGCUCCUUUCUAGGCUACAGUACAACAAGCCCGAACCCCGACACGUGAGCCAUGCUGCCUCACUUGCUUAUGGUCGUUUGUGACAAGAUGGGCAAUCGCUGUCACGUGAUGAAGGCCACGCACGGGUCAUGUGAUCAGGGUCUGUCGCUUGUUCUUCACCUGCCCGAUAUGUGCCCAACACUCGCGCAGGUGGACUAACCAGUAGUUCGGAUUAAGUGGGCAUUACUUAAUAUAUACACGUGUAAAGCAAGAACGAUUUAUAGAUGUAGCAUUUUGAUAGGAAGCUGGCUUUUAAAACACAAGUUAUGUUUUCUCUUUAAAUAGGUUUGCGGUCGGUAAAACGAGGAAGCAAAAUCUUUUGGUCGUAAGUGACAGGACUCCGAAAGGCAGCCAUUACACCUGGCUGUGGCAUCUUUCGCGUUCGUCUGAGUGUUUUAAAUGCAAAGGUUGAUCGCAGAUUGGAGAUUUAUGGCGUGUACAGUCGUGCACUUCUGAGAGCAGCAGGUGUAUUUUCUUCGUGAUAGAAUCUUUCUAAAAUCCAGUAACGAUCCAGUUGUUAAAUCUUUAAACUUAGUUACCUUGUUAAAACGCUGGAGAGGAAUUUAUACGAUAAGAUGAAUGGUUCUGGUUCUUGGAUGGAAGUGAACACCACACCUGAGAUGGAUGUAAAAAUCCCCAGGCAAGAGUCAAAGUUUCUGGCUCACAUGCUGCCAAACGUGACGGACAUGAAAAACAUGACCUUCGUGCUGUCAGGAAACGGCUCCAUCGUGGAGGACCAGAUCUUCCUCAACACUGUGGCCGCGCAGGCCCUGUCGGGGGUCUUCGUUUGGUCGGCGCUACUCAUUACCUGCCACCAGAUCUACUUGCACCUGCGCUCCUAUACCGUCCCCAAUGAGCAGCGCUACAUCAUCCGUAUCCUUUUCAUCGUUCCCAUCUACGCCUUUGACUCAUGGCUCAGCCUGCUCUUCAUCAGCAACGACCAAUACUAUGUCUACUUCGAUUCCAUCCGUGACUGCUACGAAGCGUUUGUCAUAUACAACUUCCUGAGCCUCUCGUUCGAGUACCUGGGAGGGGAGAGCGCCAUCAUGGCUGAAAUCCGAGGGAAGCCCAUCCAGUCCAGCUGCCUGUAUGGUACAUGCUGUUUGGGUGGGACCAGCUAUUCUAUUGGGUUUCUGCGCUUCUGCAAACAGGCGACACUGCAGUUCUGUGUCGUGAAACCCAUCAUGGCUGUCAUCACCAUCUUCCUUCAGGCUUUCGGCAAAUAUCACGACGGAGACUUUAAUGUCACCGGGGGCUACCUCUACAUCACCAUCAUCUACAACAUCUCUGUUAGCCUGGCACUCUACGCCCUCUUCCUCUUCUACUUCGCCACUAGCGAGCUCCUGCGGCCAUACGAGCCGGUACUGAAGUUCCUCACCAUCAAGUCCGUCAUUUUCCUCUCCUUCUGGCAAGGCAUGGUUCUGGCCAUCCUGGAGCGAUGUGGCGUCAUCCCGGAGGCACUGGUCAUCGACGGGCACGAGGUGGGUGCCGGUACCGUGGCAGCGGGCUGGCAGAACUUCAUCAUCUGCAUCGAGAUGUUCUUCGCUGCCAUAGCCCUCCGCUACGCCUUCACCUGCACCGUGUACCGGGAGAAGGACAACAAGGCUCCAGCCAACGGUGCGCCCAUGCAGAGCAUCUCCAGCGGGCUGAAGGAGACCAUCAACCCUAACGACAUGGUGCAGGACGCCAUCCACAACUUCUCCCCAGCUUACCAGCAGUACACGCAGCAGUCCACCCAGGAGGUGGAGCAAAACGGCAAGGUGGCCGCCGCCAUCGCCAGCUCCAAGAAGCCCAAGAAGAACGACAAGAUUAUGCUGAUCACUUCAGACGACGAGUUCUAGGGCCCUGGGUGGGGGGGGGGGGAGCUUUCCAAGCCCAGCCGAUUGGUUCCCCUGCCUGUCAUCACAAAUGCCAUUGGCUAUCAUCCAGACCUGACCGGACAGACUGAACUUUCAGCUCCAAAAAGGUUGUGCUGUUAGGGAUGCAGAGGGGAAACUCCAGGAGCCUUUUCUCCAUUCAGCGUCAAUGGAUCUGAUGCUUAAGAUGACCACCUGCCAAGCAGGGACAUUGAAGGCCAAGUAUUAUCUGCUGUGAUUCGAUGCUCUACGUUUUAUGUAUAAUCGGGAGGUUGAAGGGGCAUCAGGAAUCAGAAAAGAUACGUAUAGAGACCUUUGAGCUGGUUUAUAAUGCAAUGUUGGACCUUGGUAUUGAUUUUUACAGCAUUAAAUUAACGGUGGACUUUGAGCAUAGGAUCGAAAUUCAUUCUCCAAGGGUCAAAGCUAUGAGACCGUGCACCAGUGGAGCUCCCUGCAACAGGCAUGCAUUUUUCUCCCUCAUUAUUUAAUUUUAAUGAUAUUUCUUUAAAAUUUUGCACAAGCUAUGUAUGUAUGGAUUAAACAAACUUUCUGUUAAUGAACACCUGUCCUGUUUUAUAAAGACGUUUUCAUUUUUAAUCUUAUGAUGUAAGAUCGAUGUACCGCAUUCCUCAUGCGUCGGUCAAGAGAAAUUGUUUAAUUUUGAUGGCUCAUGUUAAGAGAGAUUUUGUCAUUCUAUGCUGUAAAUGUGUAUGUACAAAUUGGUUUAUUGAAAGGAACGUGCACAUCACACCAGUUCGACAGGACUCGUCCUGCUCAGUUUGAAGAAACACUAUUACCUCAGAACUAAUUCGGAAGUUGGAAAGAGAGAUUCUUUUUAGCCAUGUCAUCAUCCACCUUUGAACUUUAUAUAAUUUUCUUGAUUAUUCUGCUAAUGCAGCUUGUCACUUAGUUGAGUGGUGUGAUAUUCUAAAUUCUUGUUUAGCAUAACAUAUACCUGAUGCAUUAACGUGCAAGUCUAAGUGUAUAUAGUUAAUAUAUUGAAACUUUAAAUGCUGAGAAAUCAGGUGUUAAUGGUGACGUGACAGGACUCCUCCACAGGAUUUAUGUAUAUUACAGUAUUCCUACAAACUAUUUUAAUUCAUCAUGUCACAACUUUUUUUUUUUCACACUGGUGCCAACGACAGCCGCUGUGUGCAAGCUGGAAUCGUGAGGUAGGGGUGGAGCUGUCAAAGUUAGGCGUUCCUGUGUGGUACUCAGGGUAGGGGUUCAGUCCCAAACCCCCCCCCCCCCCCCCCCCCCCCCCCCCCCCCCCCCCCCCCCUUCUCAGCCCUGAGGCUGCCUUUCAUUUUCUAGAGCCGAAAUGCAUCCCAAGAAAUGAUAACAUCCACCCCCAAAAAAGGCAAAUAACAAAAAGUAAACCAAAUUAAGCAGUGGAAUUAAGCCCACAUGAACUGGGACUGUAACCCUUCUUGGAAACUACAGAGACUCCACAGAAAUAGCCUCGUCUGAUCAUCUAUUGUAAAAUAUUGUUUACUUGUAUGUGCACAAUAAAGCAUUUUAAACAACCCUAUAAAA